AGUAAAAGGCGGAAGCCGGCUUUGAGGGUGGGGUGGCUUCGGGGGAGAGGAAAGAAGGAGCGGGAUGGAAGCAGUUAGGUGUCCCGAGCACGGGACCUUAUGCUUCCUGAAGACUGGCGUGCGCCAUGGCCCGAAUAAAGGAAAGAGCUUCUACGUGUGCCGGGCGGACACGUGCAGCUUCGUGCGGGCCACCGACAUUCCUGUCUCACAUUGUUUAUUGCAUGAGGACGUUGUGGUAGAACUUCAGGGUCUGUCUCUACCACAGGGCAAGAAAGAAUACAGAUUGUUCUUCCGGUGCGUCAGAAGUAAGGCCGAGGGGAAACGGUGGUGUGGAAGCCUCCCAUGGCAGGAUCCUAAUUCCAAAGAACAUUCUGUAACCAAAAAAUAUUCUGUGACCACUGAGUCUCAGCAUGCAUCAGAGCCACUGUAUCCUUCCAGCCAGCAGAGAAACCCGUUCAAGGUGCUUGACAAGAAUCAAGAACCGUCCCUCUGGAAACAGUUCACCCAAGGUGAAGGUGAGGAAAAGACAGCUGAUCGGAAACAACAGGAAAAGGGAGAUCCGCUCUUGGAUCCAAAGAAGGAACGGAAGCCUGAAUCUAACUGCUGGAGGGAGAAAGAUCUCUCAUCUGGCCUGGUGGUAAAGGAAAAGCAAUCUGUAGUUCAGGAGAAGCCGCAAGGGGAGAAAACGGUGUUUCGGGGUGAAGCAAAGGAGACUGAAGGGACCCACAAAAGAAACCUUUUGGAAAUUCAGUCCAGACAGAUCCAUGGGAGUGAGCUGAGAAAGCCGUCUGUGUCUCCUCUGGAGUCAGAUGGGGAGAGUCAUUACGCCCAAAAAGAAUCAGAACCUCUGAGGGAAAAGGAAGCCAGGCCUCGAAUUGUUCACCAUCACGACCCAGUAAGCCAGCCCCUGCUUGGGGAACAACUCAGCAAAGAGCACCCCAAGAGCUGGGAGGCUAGAGAAACAAGGGCGAAGGACGACCCAAGUGCGCAGACCCUCCAGAGGAGGCCGCCCCAGGGCCAUUGUCCGGUGCCGUCGGAGACGCGCGAUGUGUCUGCUCCGAAGGAACCAGCCCCUCAGCCUGCACCACCGGCCGCAGGGCGUCCCCGGGGGGAGAGGCCAGAUGCUGACACUAGCAGUGACAGCGAGGAAGAUGACGCUGUUUCCGUGUCCUCUAAGCCGGGGAGCCCCUUGCUCUUUGACCUGACUCCAGACUCGCAGAGGAAGGAGAAUCUUAAAUUCCCUGGUCAAAGCGUGCAGAGAAACACUGUCUUGGGUGUUUCCAAGAAGGGAGAACCUUCAGACCCAGUGGCCCAACGUGUGUACCUCACAACACAACUGAAACAGAAGAAGAGCACGUUGGCGUCGGUGAACAUCCAGGCUCUUCCAGACAAGGGUCAGAAGUUGUUCAAGCAAAUUCAGGACUUGGAGGAUGCACUCAGUGCCCUGGCCCUCUCCCCAGAGCAAGGCCCUAACGAGAUGAGUAACACCCAGGUGCCACAACAGAGUAACUUCACCAAAACGACCACUGACCCUCCCCACUUGGUGCCUCACCAGCCCCUGCAGGGCCAAGAUCUCCAGCUGGGUCCUCUAGGACUAAAGGCUGCCCGCCAGGAAGCUGCUGGAGGAUCUGGUCAGUGCGGUGGAGGCCCUAUGAACCAAGAUCGCCUCCAUGCGGUAUGGAAGAUCACAAGCGAGGCCAUUGAUGAGCUGCAUCGGUCGCUUGAGUCGCGUCCUGGGGAGACAGUGGUGGCAGAGGAUCCAGCUGGGUUGAAGGUCCCUUUGCUGCUGCACCAGAAGCAAGCAUUAGCCUGGUUGCUGUGGCGGGAAAGUCAGAAGCCACGAGGAGGAAUUCUGGCGGAUGAUAUGGGAUUAGGAAAAACCCUGACCGUGAUUGCACUCAUCCUGACCCAGAAGAAUCAGGAGAAAGAUGAAGAAAAGGACAAAAAAACAGCUUUGACUUGGCUUUCUAAAAAUGGUAUUCAGAUGUCCCUUGCUAGUCUGCUGUUUUCUAGAUCCUGUGAGGCAGUGGAGGGUGGAAGGUUUUCAGCCAUGAAGGGAUUCCUUUGGUCAUGUUUAAUUAACCUGCUGGAAAACUAUCUGCUGUCUGUCCUUCCAGCCGCAGGAAUUUUUGUAAAGGAAUCAACUCUACCUUUCCUUGUCCGCGUCAUGGAGGGAUCGUUUACCGUUUGCUUUGUGUUAUAUCUACGCAGCCUCUCUACGUAUGACAUCGUGAUCACUACCUACAGCCUUCUGGCCAAGGAGAUUCCCACGAAGAAGCAAGAGGGAGAGAUCCCAGGUGCAAACCUCAGUGUGGAGGGUAUCUCGUCACCCUUGCUUCGAGUAGUCUGGGCUCGAAUCGUAUUGGAUGAAGCUCACAACGUUAAGAAUCCCCGAGUGCAGACUUCCAUAGCCGUGUGCAAGCUCCAAGCCCAAGCCCGCUGGGCUGUCACUGGGACCCCCAUUCAGAACAACUUGCUGGACAUGUAUUCACUGCUGAAAUUUCUCCGUUGUUCUCCGUUUGACGACUUCAAUCUGUGGCGGAGUCAGGUUGACAAUGGUUCAAAGAAAGGAGGAGAAAGGUUAAAUAUUUUAACGAAGAGCCUUUUGCUGAGGAGAACAAAAGACCAGCUGGACUCCACGGGCAGGCCCUUGGUGGUGCUGCCCCAGCGGAAAUUUCAGUUGCACCAUUUAAAGCUUUCUGAAGAUGAAGAGACAGUUUACAGUGUCCUUUUUGCAAGAUCAAGGUCAGCUCUGCAGUCCUACCUACAAAGGCAUGAAAGAGGGGACCGGCAAUCUGGAAGAAGCCCUGAUAACCCGUUCAUGAGAGUGGCCCAGGAGUUCGGGUCCAGUGGGCCCGGCGCCUCUGUGUCCGCAGACUCUCAGACAUCCAGCACCGUCCACAUCCUGUCACAGCUGCUGAGGCUCCGCCAGUGCUGCUGUCAUCUUUCUUUACUGAAGUCGGCCCUGGAUCCGACAGAACUGAAGAACGAAGGCCUGGUCCUUUCCCUGGAGGAGCAGCUCAGCGCCUUGACCUUGUCCGAGCUCCGUGACGCAGAGCCAUCUGCCUCUGUCUCCCUUAACGGCCAGUGCUUCAAGGUGGAGCUUUUUGACGACAUGAGAGAGAGCACCAAGAUUUCAUCUCUGCUGGCAGAAUUGGAGGCAAUCCGAAGAAACUCGGGGUCCCAAAAGAGUGUCAUCGUCUCUCAGUGGACCAGCAUGCUGAAGGUUGUAGCAUUGCACCUUAAGAGGCAUGAACUGACCUAUGCUACCAUCGAUGGCUCUGUCAACCCCAAACAGAGAAUGGACUUGGUAGAGGCAUUUAACAGUGCCAGGGGCCCUCAGGUUAUGCUGAUCUCUCUCUUGGCUGGAGGUGUUGGCCUAAACCUGACUGGAGGAAACCAUCUUUUUCUCCUGGACAUGCACUGGAAUCCGUCACUUGAAGAUCAAGCUUGUGACCGAAUUUAUAGAGUAGGGCAGCAGAAAGAUGUUGUCAUACACAGAUUUGUUUGUGAGGGAACAGUGGAAGAGAAGAUCUUGCAGCUUCAAGAAAGAAAGAAGGAUUUGGCCAAACAGAUUCUAUCAGGAUCCGGAGAAUUUGUCACCAAGCUCACCUUGGCUGACCUCAAAGUCCUUUUUGGCAUCUAACUUCCUGGUUCUAGGUCUCAGAAUGGCACCACUGUUGGUGAGCUCUCCUUGGCAUUUCUUUUCACCAUCAAUCCUGAUGCCCGCCUUACAUUGAGGAUCAGGUAUCAUAUUAAGCAGUUGGUUAACCAGUUAAGUUAACUAGUCAACUUAUUUCCUGAGUGACAUAGAAACCAAUGAAUUACUUCAGAUAAAAGAAAGUGCUUUAAAGUCAGAUAAUUUGGAAAACAACCCUGGGAGAGUUGUACCAAGCUUCAGUAAAAGCCCGAAAAGCCCUCUGUUGCCUUUCUUGUCUCAGCUGAUGACUGAGUGUUACUGCCUUUUCUAACACAGGCUCCACCCUAUCUCUUCAUCCCUCCUGCCCUAUAACCACCUCCAUGGGCCAAGCAGAGGGUGGGUUCCUACAGCCAUCCCUCUGCAGUUGUUUCAGCCCAGGCAGUUCUUCCUCUUGGGCGGAAGGUCAGGGAGGUGCUUUGUACAUAACACAUAGAUGUUUAGUAUUUGUGUCAUCGUAUCGUUUAGUAUUUGGUGUCAUAUCAUUUAGUGUUAUUAUUGCUAUCAUAUCAUGUAGCAUUUGUGCCAUAUAAUUUAAUAUUUGUCUCAUUUUUAUCGUAUUUGUAUUUUUACAAAUUUACAGUAUUUGUAGCAUUUAGAAUCAUCAUUUCAUUUAGUAUUGUUGUAUCACUUAGUGUUUGUAUUAUCCUUGGUAUAAUCUAAUAAAUACAUGUUUGACAGUGUA